CAUUCGCCCGUCAUUCGUGCUGUGGUGGUGUAGUGAGGUUUCGCGGGGUUAUCACAAUUUCCGUUUUGCCUAUGAUUUAGCCAAAUUAAAUUCAAAUAAAUUGGCACAGAUUCUUGUUUAGUAUGUUUCUUUUGUGUUCCGCACGAAUUCUCGUGGUAAAUCGUUUGAAAAAGCGCUGAAACUCUGUGAGAAAGUUAGCGUUUGGAGAUUGUGUCGGAGCCAUAACAAAACGUUCCCGGCAAAAUUGCUGUCAAGUUUUCGUUGGCCGAAAAGUACUAGGAAAGGUGAUUUGUCCGAGAAUUUGAGUGUGAAUAUGAAUGGUGGGCGCAUCGGGAUCAGUGCUGGACGUCAAAUCCAAUAGCAAAGCAGUGCGAUUGUUUGAAAUCAACGGAAAAUCGAAAGCGAUAAGAAAUUGAAACAGAAAUUUCCCUCGUAUGAGAAUAUAAGGAAAUCCAUAACAUUUUUCGAAUAUACCAACACACACAUGCUGCAGGUAGUGGUGUGAAGUUUUCUUUGUUCUCCCCGACCGAGCGAAACUGGUGCCCCUUCCGCGUUAACCGAACCGUUGACGAGGAACGAUAGUGUGUGCGGCAAGUGUUUAUGUGACGCACACUAGCGUGGAUUUUCAAUAGGAUAGAGUUUGUUUACUGUGCGGUAUAUAGGACGGGGAAGUAUAUAGUAGGAAAAAAAAGAGGACGACGGGGUACAAUCACGUGGAAAACAUUGCACGAACAUCUGCCGCGCGUUUUCGUGGCUGCCGUACAUUUUCAAAUUGACUCGUUCGGGGAACGUUUUCAUUCGAUUCGUUUUGUGUAGUUUUCGAGCCGGUCCCGCUCGUAUUGCCGUUCGUGUCGUGCUCGUUCACUGUGGCCGUGUGAAAGAAAAGUUGGAACUGAAAAGUGAUCGCCAAGGCGGAGGGAAAUGUGAAUUUUCUUGGUUUACGGAUGCAUUAGAACAAAUUGGUCGACGGCCCUGUCCCUUGAGCGAAGUGUGCUGGAAGUGCGAAAAGGCGCGAAUAGUCGGCCCGGCGGGAGGAACUGCUCCUGCCUCGAAUGUUGGAUGUUGUCAAUUAAUGCGUGAGCGAUUGUUUUUACUUUUACCGUUGCAAUAGAACGGUGCACUCACCCGCGAAACGGCUCUGGUGAUCUAGUCUAGUCGGUUGCAAGUAGUUGCGGGAGCAUCGGAAGCAGAGAAAGGCCGGAAAGAUGUACGAAUGCGAGGAUACCUCGGCCGGAUUCCACGACCUCUUCCUGAACAAAUAUGCGGAUUCGUCUGGCUCAAUAAUGGAUUUCUUCAUAUCUGAUUCCAUGCAAGACAUGCUUGAUAUUGACAUUCGAGCCGAAGUUGCAACAGUGGUCGGAAGCGUGAGUGAAUUUACAUCUCUAGUCAAUGACUUGCCUUCGUCAAUUGAAAACGAUUCAACAAAUUCGAAUGAACACGUAAUCGAACCGGAUCGAUGGUUGGCCGGAGAAACAAAGUGGUCCGGAACGAAUGAGAUCUAUGCGGAUGUUGGAGCGUGUGUUAAUCCAAAUUCUGUGAUGCCACUUAUCAAUAGUUCGCUGCUCAAUUCCCCACGAAGUCAAAUUAAUUUAAACACGAAUAACUUUCAACUCAGCAACUCGCCUUUGCCUAGUCCGAAAGAAAGCAAAAGUCACUUAACUUUCUCGCCAAAUCAAAUUAAAAUUCGUCCAAUUGAAGAGACUAAACGCCAGUCGGCUAAUCUGUUGUCAACUUCUCAACAACAAAAGUUUGGAGGAAACGCUGAUGCUGUGAAAAAAGAUCUCCUCACAGAGUUGAGGGAGGAGAGACUAAAAAAAGUAGUCUCGACUACUGCCAAUGCACCAGUUAUUCCCGCAACCAUUGCUGGUGGAAAUACGAUCAAAUUAGCGCCAGGAUUAGGUGGACUAACAUUCGCAAAUGGUAUGGCGUAUACCAAAAUAAAACAUGCAAACAUAGACAGUUCUAAAUUUGUCCGUUCGAAUCACGUGAACAUUGUUACACAUAUUAAAAAGGAAACUGAUAGCGGAUCGCAAAAUCAGCAGAACCAACACGUUUCUUCGACUGUUGUCAAUGGCAGUAUUUACACUAGCAGUGGUGUAAGCUCGCCGAAACAAAUGGCAAGAAAUGUUAUCAUAUCAUCCACCAAAACCUCCAACGUCAUAUCAAACGAGGCGAAUUCAUUGGCCAAUCAAUCAAUGAACAACAGUAACAAUGUUACUAAAACGAAAACUAAGACAAGUUACCAUGAGUUUCCGAAACCGCCCUACUCCUACUCUUGCCUGAUUGCAAUGGCUCUAAAAAAUUCACGAAGCGGAUCACUGCCCGUCUCCGAGAUUUAUAGUUUUAUGUGUGAACAUUUUCCCUAUUUUAAAACUGCUCCAAACGGCUGGAAAAAUAGUGUACGACAUAAUCUAUCAUUGAAUAAAUGUUUCGAGAAAAUUGAAAAGCCUGCGACAAAUGGAGGUCAGCGCAAAGGUUGUUUGUGGGCCAUGAAUCCGUCGAAAAUUUCGAAAAUGGAUGAAGAAGUGCAGAAAUGGUCUCGUAAGGAUCCAAUGGCAAUCCGACAAGCUAUGGUUUGUCCCGAGCAUUUGGAAAGUCUUGAAAGGGGUGAGAUGAAACAUGGCAGCACAGGUGAUAGUGAUGGAGAGAAUGAUGUUCAGUCGGAUGUGGAAGAGAGUAGUGAUUUGGAAGGAGAAUUGGAUGAGCAGAUUAUCGAGACACCCGAGUCGAUAGAGGAUGAUGAAGAUGAGAAGUAUGAUAUAGAGGUAUCUAAUAUAUACGAAACAAUUGACAUUAGUGGCGGACAGCCUGGCAAAGAUUCAAUACAAAUGGCGAUAGGGAAGGGUGAAGUAUACGAAAUUUCCGAUAGUGAUUCCCCAAUAGCGAAAAAAGCAAGGCUCGAUAUCAAUUACUCAAUCGCACCGGCCAGUGUAUUCGAACACCAUUCGAUACAACAUCAGCAACCGUCCUCGCAAUCACAGCAACAGCAUCACAAUCGACGAAAGAUGCAAUUGGUUAAUCGAAUAGUUUAAGAUGUUAAUUAAGAAGCAGUUAGUCUCUAAGUUCUCCCUCUGCUCAUCAGAUUUUUUUACAGACACCAAGUGAUUGAGGAAGUCUCAUGUAUACAAGUAAAUAUUUUUCUACGUUAGGUAGUCUUAAGUAAUAAGGAUUGUGUGUAAGACGCCAUUCACUUCGAUUGGAGGCGCACUUGUGAUGGUUCGAAAAUGAUAAAAAAGUAAUAUAUAAGCUUUUAAUGAUUAGAAUGGUGUGUUUGUUCGUUGAAUUUUUGUGUAGUACCGCAUUUAGCGAGGUACGAUUCGCGUUCGAUUCCGUUUAGACUAAGAAUAGUAAGAUCUAUUCUUACGAAUCAAGUUGUUCACAACAGCCCAGCCGUAUAAAACUAAAUAAAUUCCUUUUUUUGCAAAAGCUGCUGUAAGAUAAGAUCAGAAAAUAUCCUCGUGUAUAUAUUCUUUGUAUCGAAUACUAGCAAUGUCCAUUAAGUCUUUUUAAUAUGCAUCGUUUUAAGAAAUUGCUAUAAUUACUACUAGGUUGUAAGUUAGGGAAAUUCCGUUUGGAAAAUAAUACGUCAAAUUUCAGUUUACUGUUGAUUUCCUAGUGGAACGUUGUCUGCAAUAUCCUUUUUCUGGUAAAAUUUGAGCAUUCCUUAUUUUCUUCUUAAGUAACAUUUGACUAGGCCGUUAGUCCUUUAUUGAAUCAAUUUCAUGCCAAAACGUUUAGCUUAAAAUAUGUGAUUAUGUUAAAGCUUUAAUUCGAGAUGUUACAGGAUAAACUACUUACUUUGUUAAAUUGAAUUAGAAUCGCUUUAUUUUCCCUCCAUUUGUAUGAGUUUAUAAUGUAGAGAAUUUCAUCUUAAUUUUGACUUUUCCAAGAAAUGGAAUAUGUUCACAUUUUUUUUUAUUUUCAGUUUGAAAAGGACAUGGCGUCAUGAAAAUUUUGAUAUAAAAAUGAUCUCUUUGUAGUAACUAAGUUUGAUUUUCGGUAAGAAUAAAAUAAAAGGUAUUUUUUAAAUAGCAAAAGUUGUUUAACGAGGUGGGAAUGUUGUUGCGGUGAAUUCAUUCGAAUUGGAAAAUUCUUUUGUUUUUCCACAUCAGCCUAACAUUGCAGCCAUGCACAAGAUUCUACACUCCGCCGAGUUUUCGCUGCAAUAACGUUUUUACCAUAAUUGAUCACUCAGCAUUUGGUUGUAGUCAUGGUAGAAAUCGUUUCAUCCGACAUACGUCCAUUCAUCAGAAGCUGCCUCAAUUAUUUGCAACCAAGACAAAUCUGAAAUAGUUUUUCUAUGCAUCUGGUAUCAUUGGCUUUAUGAGCUGUAGCUGAUGUCUUUGAAAUUCAAGCUUAUUUACAUUGAAUUUGGAAGGAAAUAGAUCCAACAUUUUGUGUAGUUCACCCAAUUGGAAAAUCACAAAACAAAUUCUGUUGUUUGGCUUUAUCCCAACGAUUUGCGAAUGAUUAACAAUUUAAGAGUGCAAUCGAAACAACUAUUUCCAUUAGUAUGUGGAGCAUCGAUGAUUUAGAACGUAUAUUCGCAUGAAAUAUUUAAAUCAUCUACUUUUUUGCAACUUGAAACUUUCGUAGCAUUCAACCAUGUUAACAUGUAUCAAUUAUCCCGUUGAUUACAUCUACUUACAGCGACCCAGUACUUACAUCCCAUUUACAAGGUUUAGAUUUGAUUUUGAGUAUCUCAAUAUUUGCCUUCUGUGUUGAAUGCUACGAAAAUUUCUCAAAAAUUACAUGUUUAAUUUCAUUCACAUUUCAUU